CCCGCCCGCCGGGUCACGUGUGUUGUUGCGGUGACGCCAGAUUCACCAAAGAUCAUAGAGCGGAUUCACUGCGGCCCCGGAGACGCGCUUGCUGGACGCGGCCCACAGUGGCAGAUCCCACGUAGUGACUGACCUGAUUCCUGCAAUCAUGGGCAGAAUCUUCUUGGACCACAUCGGGGGCACUCGUCUCUUCUCCUGCGCCAACUGUGAUACCAUCCUGACCAACCGCUCUGAGCUCAUCUCCACGCGCUUCACUGGAGCCACAGGGAGAGCCUUCCUCUUCAACAAGGUGGUGAACCUCCAGUACAGCGAGGUGCAGGACCGGGUGAUGCUCACCGGCAGACACAUGGUGCGAGACGUCAGCUGCAAGAACUGCAACAGUAAGCUGGGCUGGAUCUAUGAGUUUGCGACCGAGGACAGCCAGCGCUACAAGGAGGGCCGAGUGAUCCUCGAGAGGGCCCUGGUGCGGGAGAGCGAAGGCUUCGAAGAGCAUGUUCCCUCCGACGCUUCCUGAGGGGCCCUUCUUUUAGACAAUUCUUUCUCUUCUGUUUUCUGGCUUCAAAGAAGGAAGAAAUA